UGGUAGGCUAGGCCUCGGGAAAGCAGAAGCGAAAGUUGCAAAUUACAAACGGCGGGGUGUCGCUUUUUUAGGCGUAGAAUCACAGCCGUGUCAACGUUACAACUGACUUGAAAAACCAAGAGGAAAAAUCAGCCUGCGGUGCCUAAAUUAUUUCCAGACUUAUGUUAGUCCCUGCAUCUGGAGGACAUCAGCACCGAGAUGAGCGACGAGCCGCUUUUGGAGGAGAAGCUGAUCAAGCGAUCUCAGCAGAAGCGGAUGAUGUCUCCGCUCAACUACAAGGAGAGGCUCUUUGUCUUGACCGAGAACCGGCUGAACUACUAUGAUGGCAGAGCGCAGGAAAAGUUCCGGAGAGGUUCCAUCGAACUGAGUCGCAUCCGAUGCGUGGAGGUGGUCAAAGAUGAUGGAUGGUUAAACCCCUGUAAGAACAAAUACCCUUUCCAGGUAGUGCAUAGCACCAACACGCUGUACGUAUUCGCGCCGAACCGAGAGAGCAGGAACGUCUGGGUCCAACGACUCAAAGAUGAGAUUCGGCACAACCGGGAGCUCCUGACCAAGUUCCACCCGCAGUUCUGGCAGGAUGGCGAGUGGUCCUGCUGCCGUCAGGCGGAGAAACAGGCCCCCGGCUGUGAGGAGUACAACCUGUCCGGAGACGCUUACAGGAAACCACUACCCCCGAUUCCUGCCGAGGAAAGUUCAUACGGGAGGCACCUGCAACCGCCGCCUCUUGAGGCGCGCGAUGGCGACCCCGCCGAGGAAACAGUGGUGGCGCUGUACGACUUCUCCAGCAACGAGCCGCACGACUUGACGCUGGUCAAAGGAAACGAGUACGUCAUCGUGGAGCGCUGCGACGUCAACUGGUACAAAGCUCGCAAUCAGAACGGAGAGGAAGGCUACAUACCGAGUAACUACGUAACCGAGAAGAUAUCCGGAAACCUGGCGCAGUUUGCGUGGUACAGCAAACACAUCAACAGAAACAAAGCGGAGGAGCUCCUUCGGAAAGAGGAUAAAGAAGGAACCUUCAUCGUUAGAGACUCCAGCACCAGGGGAACUUACAUAGUGUCCCUUUACACCAAGUCUGUGUCAAAGAACGGAGGCAGAGUCGUUAAACAUUACCGCAUCAAGGAGACCGAAGGCCCGCCCGAGCAAUUUUACCUGGCGGAGAAACACGUGUUCCGAUCCAUUCCAGAGCUCAUCGCGUACCAUCAACACAACGCGGCAGGGCUGGUCGCUAGAUUGAGGUAUCCCGUGGGUAAACAAGACAGGUCUGCACCCUCCACGGCCGGCUUCAGCUACGAGAAGUGGGAGAUCAACCCCAGCAACCUGACCUUCAUGAAGGAGCUCGGAAGCGGUCAGGCGGGUGUGGUGCGGCUGGGAGUGUGGAGGGCGCAGCACAAGGUCGCCAUUAAGGCCAUCAAGCAGGGCGCCAUGUUAGAAGAGGACUUUAUCGAGGAGGCCAAGCUCAUGAUGAAGUUGUCCCAUCCCAAAUUGGUCCAGCUGUACGGCGUGUGCAGCCAGCAGCGCCCCAUUUACAUCGUCACCGAGUUCAUGGAGCACGGCUGCCUGCUGGACUUCCUGCAGAGCCGACGGGGCACCUGGAACGCCGCCUCGCUGUUGAGCAUCUGCAUGGACGUGUGCGAAGGCAUGCGGCACUUGGAGAGCAACGGCUUCAUUCACAGAGAUCUGGGAGCCAGGAAUUGCUUGGUCAACGACGCUCUGGAGGUCAAGGUGUCCGACUUCGGCAUGGCCAGGUAUGUUUUGGACGACCAGUACACCUCGUCCUUGGACUGCAAGUUCCCAGUGAAGUGGUCACCUCCAGAAGUGUUCAAUCACUGUAGAUUCAGCAGCAAGUCAGAUGUCUGGUCCUACGGUGUGCUGAUGUGGGAAGCCUUCACAGAAGGCCGUAUGCCGUUCAAACAGAGCGACAGUCGAGAGGUUGUUUCUUUGGUAACAAAGGGUCACCGCCUCUCCAAACCCAAACUUGCUACAGCGGCUAUCUACGACAUCAUGCAGCUGUGCUGGCAUGAGAAACCCGAAGAACGUCCGUCCUUCGCUCAGCUUUGCCUCAUGAUAUCCGACGUAUUGGAGGGUGACGUCGCCGUCGCUAACUGACUACUUACGAGUGUGGUCAUGGAAUGAAUUGAACUGGUAUCUGAAGGCACUGCUGUACUCGAUUCAGAGUCAAGAUCACAUUCAGGCUAAUAAAUCACCUCAAAAUGUUUUUUUUUUCACCUCGUAUUGAUUUUGGGUGACUUUCAUUUGGUUUCGGGGCAUUUCUUGGUCACUUGCUAGCUCACGCUAUGUGUUUGAUGUCAACACAGAGGUUGAGGUUAAGGGUGAGAAAAUGAUUAGCUACAACCCCCUAGCAAAAAAAGUAUGGAAUCCCCAGUCUCAGACGAGCACUCACUCAGACAUUUUAUUAUGUAGAACAAACUUGGAUAAAAAGCUUGAAAAAACAAUGAAUUAGUUCAAAAGUGCAACGCUUUAGCAUUCAGAAACACUAAAAUAAAUGAAUAAAAAACAUUGUGGUGGUCAGUAAAUGUUACUUUUAUAGAGCAAGUGCAGGGAAAUAUAUAUGGAAUCACUCCAUUCUGAGGAAAAAAAUAUGGAAUUAUUAGAAACAAACAAAGAAAUAACAAUCAAAACACUUCUCUAGUAUUUAGUAGCACCACCUCUGGCUUUUAUGACCGCUUGCUGUCUCUGAGGCAUGGACUUGAUGAGUAUUCUUCAUCAAUUUGGUGCCAACUCUCUUUGAUUGCAGUUGCCAGAUCAUCCUUGCAGGUCGGACCGUUUUUUUCAAUU